AUAUAGCUGCGAACACGGGUGUGCAAAGUAGCUGAGGAAAAUGAAGGAGCAAUGUUGUGUUUCGUUUUUAAUGGAAACCACCACCCUCGGCCUUGCUCAACGUUAGCUUUUACAACUUUGAAGUGGUGUAAGCCAGGCCAGGCCUAACGACGUGGAGAUCAAAUAGGAUGCUUGUGAUCUGUUUGGUUCAUACACAAGAUUUGGAAGUGGGCCUAUAUAUACAUGUAGCUUCCAGAGCUCAGUAGCACCGAACUGUAGCAACAACAUUGACCACAGAAUACACAGUUUCCUCUAUAGAUAAACAGCAUUUCAUCUGGCUCAUCAUUAUUCUAAGCCAAAAUGCCGUCACCGAGUGGCGACCAGUGGCAAUUUAAGAAGCUGCUGGGAUCAGGAUCCUUCGGGGAAGUCUUACUCUACCAACUUGGCGUGGGCGAAACCUCUGAGUACAUAGCCCUCAAAAGGUGCAAGAGCAUUUUACAGCUCGACAACCUAAAGAGAUGGCGAGACGAGGUAGAGUUCAUGCGCAACCUGGAACACCCCAACAUCGUCCAGGGGCGUCCUGUACCCCCGGAGCUCGAAGCCAAACCCAACGAGCCCCCGUGCUUGGCGAUGGAAUUCUGCUCAAGAGGGGACCUCCGAAAGAAAUUAUCCGAGCUACCGAAUAUGUGUGGUCUACCUGAAGCAGAGAUUCUGUUACUUUCCAAGCAUAUAGCCUCAGCGAUGGAAUACCUACACAAGUCUGACAUCAUCCAUAGGGACAUCAAACCAGAGAACAUCAUGGUGCAAGAUUGGAAGGGACAGAACAUGUACAAGUUGACCGACCUAGGAUUUGCCAAAGACAGUAAAAACCAGCCUGCCACCUCAUUUGUGGGCACCAAGGAGUACAUGGCGCCGGAAUUAUACUCUGAAACGCAGUACACGAAGACGGCAGACUACUGGAGCUUUGGAACCGUCCUGUCCGAAAUCAUCACGGGUAAUAGACCGUUCAUGCUGUCCGUCUUACCAGUCGUCAAAUGGCAUGAAAUCAUAGCCAAGAAGCACAUCAAAGACAUUGGCUACUAUGAAGACUGUAAUGGAAAUUUAAGCUAUGCAAAGAAUGUACUGGAACCCCACCAAUUGUGCCGUCCAAUGCGGGAAAGCCUUGAGAAGUUACUGGUUCUGUUGCUAUGUCGGUGCCCAAGGACAAGAGGAGGAGAUCUAAGAGAUGGAAGACCCGUCUUCUACCAUGGGCUUGAAACUAUCCUAGUUUGCAAGGUCAUCCACGUACGCUGCAUGAUGGACGGCGCGAUGGCAUCAUUCCCCACCCGUAGCAACGACGCGGUCGUCGACCUCCACAAGACUUUGAUAUCGGUCACGGGUCUCCCAGCCGAUCAGCACCUCCUCCUCCUUGCCCAUGGGGAAAGGCUGACAGACGGGACGACCAUCCUCCAUAGCCUCUUCAAGAACCAUAAUGGCGACAGGAUUGUCUACUUGUACCCGAAGAGUUUCCCCGUAAAGACCAACUUCUACAUUCCUCUGAAGACACCGAUGGUCGAAGCUUUGAUGACUGGCAAACAUCUUCAGGUAUCGGAGAACGGAUUCAAGGUGAUGUGGAAGCAGUCCAUACACUACUGUCAUAACCUGAUCAGAGAGGCACUAGCACGACAGACAGGAUUCAUAGCAUACUUGAAUUAUAACCUGAAGCGCAAGGCCAGUUUGAAUCAGUGUGCAGAGGAGAUGAAGAGAUGUCUACACAGAUUGCAAGCUAAAGCAGAGUUCUUCCUAGAGAGUAUGAGCACAGACACUCAGCAAUACGCCCGCCAAGUCGCUACUGGCUUCAGUGCUAAGGUCUUUUACGAUAAAUUGAAGAGUAUGGAGGAAGAAAUCCAAGAAGUAACACAGGAACCAGAGCAAGAUGUUAAAGAGAUUGAGAGGAAAGUAGAUGAAACGAUGAGGUUCAUCUAUGAGACUCAGAAGAACGCAGAGAGACUGAAGACAGUAGAAGGACUCCAAGAGACGAGCAAAAAAUGUGACUUAAGCUUCAGAAAGUUCAAAGAGGAGAAUAAAGUGAAGCGAAGAGAACACAUGGACCUGACGCCCAUUCAGAAUCAGAUAAAUGAGGCUCACAAACAGUUUUGUGAAUACAAUCAUGGAAUCUUCAAACAAAUCGGGGAGGUUCAGAGGUCAUGCUUGAUGAUUGAAGAUGUCAUGGCCAAGAUUCAAGACUGUGUGCGGAAGAUGGAAGAAAGACAGAACCAAAUCUCAGAGCUGCAGAGAGAGAAACAAAAGUAUAUUUGGGAUAUCCUGAAUAAUACCAUCAUAAAGAAAAAGGAAUCUGACGCUCAGGUUCAGAGGCAGCUGUCGAGAUCAAAGAGUCUUGUUGGUCCUACCACUCCCCCUUUCCCUUUGGCCGCCCCUUCCCCAUCUGGCACUCAGGGCCCGGUAUUUGAACCCCAGACUGAUAUGCAGGAAUCCAUGUCCAUCAUGAAUCAGAGCAUGCAGAUGCAUUCAGACUUCGACACGAUAAUGAGGUCGGUCUCUGAAGAACAGAGGCAGCAGGCGGAGGAAUUGAAUAGUUUGAACUGGGGACAUCUAGACGGCACCUGAUCCCCCCACCCCCACGGGGAGGGGGUGACCACACCCAGUGACCACACCCUUACCCUGCCAUCAGCUAACCUUGCCCCUCAUCUUCAUCUCCGAGAUGUGCUCCCUUCACCAUGGUAACAGAGGAUAAGCUCCCCGUGUCUUGACUUACUUUGUAUCUUGUAGCUUCAAUCCAUCAAAGAUGAGAGAACACCUUUUUUGUGUUGUGGUUCGUGUAUUUUAUCAAUCCAUCGUAGACCAUGCCUGAGGUACACCUUCUAUAUCUUGGGAGAAAAUCUAUGAGAUGAACCAUUGCCAAUGGAAUAAGAAUGCUAAAUAUGACAAUGAUAUUACACAAUGUGUUUUUAGUGUGAGCAGAAUAAGCAUCAAUCUCUCGACAAUCGGAGUUUGAAAUUAGUUGUUGAAUACGGAAGAGAAGCACUAGUAUCAUCAAAUUGGGAACUCAUCACAUGCUAAUCGAUAUUUCCCUCGCAAGUAUCAACAAGAUUUGUUCAUAUUUUUUUGCUAUUAUAUGUGAUAUUUAUUGAUAUAGGGCCAUUGAAUGCAUGUUAUGUUAAACAAAAUCAAUCAGUGUUGCUGGUUUUCUAAAGAAACAUGGAUUUCUUCAGCACCUCAAACUAAAAUUGAUUCCUUAGAACGUUGAUACUGUGCUUUGGAUUUACUUGCUGUUUUACUGAAGGAGGUUGUGCAUACAUGUAUAUUAUCAUGUGGUAAUGGACAGUGAUUUGAAAUAAAAUAGUACAAGGAUAAAUAGGGUCUUUUCGUUUGUCACAUCGACAUAUAGGCCGCCAAAGAUAUGACGUCAUUACGGCAAUUUUCGCAUGCGUUGGGUUGUCUCACAUUGUCGGGGCAAUUUUAGCACAUGUUCCUCCAAGAUUUGAUGUUCGUCAGAAAACUUGUGCCCCGUCGUCAAAAUGACGUCAUCUUGCUAUAUAGCAGCGUCAUCGUUUAGAGAACAGGUGAUGACUAAAAACGAAAAGGGUUAUAAGGUAGUGAACAGGACGGGUCGACUGCAGCAAAUUUGCAUUGUUAGAGAAAGGGAAAGGCGUCCGCGUCUACACAAACAAAAAGGCCAUUUAAUUAAGAUGGAAGCGCGUCGUUGGAUGUUGGAUAAUGACUGCGAUUUGAGAAGACGUCACAAGUACGCCGAUUACUCUAGGUUGGCAACGCACAAUUGGAGGUGUUGGGUGAAUGAUUACGACUUCAUCUGUCAUUAAAGCCUAUCUGCACUAGUUUGGCCAGGAGAGAUUAGACCUCCCUGCGUGGUCACUGGCAGUUGUAUACAGUA